CCGAAACCUAACCCACGUGGCAAUGGAAGAUCAGAAAAUCCUACAGUCAGCAAAAGUAGCCUAAGAUCAGACAAAAAAAUGAGUGAAAAAGAGCCCCAGAACAUCCUCAAAGGGGUUCAGCAUGUGAUACUGAUCUUGUCUGGGAAGGGUGGAGUAGGCAAGAGCACCAUGACCACUCAAUUAGCUCUCUCACUGGUACAAGCAGGCAAAACUGUGGGAGUCCUGGAUGUGGAUCUGUGUGGCCCCAGUAUUCCUCGUAUGCUCAAUCUGGAGAAUAAUGAUGUACACCAAUGCUCAGAGGGAUGGAUUCCAGUGUAUACUGACCCCUCCAAGAAGCUCGGGGUCAUGUCUAUUGGGUUCCUGCUACAGAAUAGAGACGAUGCAGUGAUAUGGAGAGGACCCAAAAAGAAUGCCAUGAUCAAACAGUUUCUGACUGAUGUGGUGUGGGGUUCGCUGGACUACCUGCUCAUAGACACACCACCAGGUACUAGCGAUGAGCACAUUACAGUUGUGGAGAAUGUCAAGAAUGUGAAUCCUGACGGAGCCAUCCUUGUCACCACUCCCCAGGGAGUUGCUUUGUCUGAUGUGCGUAAAGAAUUGAGUUUCUGUCGUAAAACAGGAAUACCCAUACUGGGAAUUGUGGAGAACAUGAGUGGCUUUGUAUGCCCCAACUGUACAGUAAGUCAAUACCCCGACCUCUACAUUGUCAUGCCGUGCACUGGCUUAUACAUGCAGGAGUGUACUAAUGUGUUCUCCACUGGAGGAGGGGAGAGCUUGGCAAAACUCUGCAGUGUACCGUUCUUAGGGAGAGUGCCACUGGACCCAAGACUGACUCAGUGUGUGGAGGAAGGCAAGAGUUUUGCAGAGGUAUAUCACGACACACCAGCACAGAAAGCAAUGACAGAUAUUGUAGAUAAACUGUUAGUACAAUCAUAGAAUAAUAAUCAGAUUUUAAUACAUUUAUUCUUGUGUUAAGUGUUGUAUUAGCUGUAGUCAAUCGUUGUUACGAGAAGGUG